AGGCGAGAGCGAGCGUGCGCCGCCCCGCGCCCCGGCGGCUCCCGGGCCGACCGCUGCGGGCUGCGCCGGGAGUGGGGGAGGGGUGGUCCCGCGCCGCCGAACGCUCCUCCUUCCCCCUCCCCACGCUGCUCCGGGGCCCGGGCGGCGCUGCCCAAUGAGGAGCGGCGUUGCUGGCAGGUGGAGAGUGUUUUUGUUUUGGGUUGAAGUUGAGGCUGAGGAGAGCGAAGAGCUAAGCGACGAGAAGUCGCCGGCGCCGCGGGAGGUGGAGGAGGCCCAGCCGGAGUCGAGGGUCUUUUCUCCCCGCCGACGGCCCCCGCCCGCCGCUCCGCCGCCUCCUCCCAGCCCCGGACCUCCCGGGCCUGCCCGGGGCCCCUCGCCUUUGCACUCCGCUCGCCGCAGCGCCGGGCCCCGGCCGCACCCGCCGGCCUCAUGAGGAGGGACGUGAACGGAGUGACCAAGAGCAGGUUUGAGAUGUUCUCAAAUAGUGAUGAAGCUGUAAUCAAUAAAAAGCUUCCCAAAGAACUCCUAUUACGGAUAUUUUCUUUUCUGGAUGUUGUUACCUUGUGUCGCUGUGCUCAGGUCUCCAGGGCCUGGAAUGUUCUGGCUCUGGAUGGCAGUAACUGGCAGCGAAUUGACCUGUUCGAUUUCCAGAGGGAUAUUGAGGGCCGAGUAGUGGAGAAUAUUUCAAAAAGGUGUGGGGGCUUUUUACGAAAGUUAAGUCUUCGUGGGUGUCUUGGAGUAGGAGACAAUGCAUUAAGGACGUUUGCACAAAACUGUAGGAACAUUGAAGUACUAAAUUUAAAUGGGUGUACAAAGACUACAGACGCUACAUGUACUAGCCUUAGCAAGUUCUGUUCCAAACUCAGGCACCUUGACUUGGCUUCCUGUACAUCAAUAACAAACAUGUCUCUAAAAGCUCUGAGUGAGGGAUGUCCACUGUUGGAGCAAUUGAACAUUUCCUGGUGUGACCAAGUAACCAAGGAUGGCAUCCAAGCACUAGUGAGAGGCUGUGGGGGUCUCAAAGCCUUAUUCUUAAAAGGCUGCACACAGCUAGAAGAUGAAGCUCUCAAGUACAUAGGUGCACACUGUCCUGAGCUGGUGACUUUGAACUUGCAGACCUGCUUGCAAAUCACAGAUGAAGGUCUCAUUACUAUAUGUAGAGGGUGCCAUAAGUUACAGUCCCUCUGUGCCUCCGGCUGCUCCAACAUCACGGAUGCCAUCCUGAAUGCUCUGGGUCAGAACUGCCCACGGCUUAGAAUAUUAGAAGUGGCAAGGUGUUCUCAAUUAACAGAUGUAGGCUUUACCACUCUGGCCAGGAAUUGCCAUGAGCUUGAAAAGAUGGACCUGGAAGAGUGUGUUCAAAUAACAGAUAGCACCUUAAUCCAACUUUCUAUACACUGUCCUCGACUUCAAGUAUUGAGUCUGUCUCACUGUGAGCUGAUCACAGACGAUGGAAUUCGUCACCUGGGGAAUGGGGCCUGCGCUCAUGACCAGCUGGAGGUGAUUGAACUGGACAACUGCCCACUAAUCACAGACGCAUCCCUGGAGCACUUGAAGAGCUGUCACAGCCUUGAGCGGAUAGAACUCUAUGACUGCCAGCAGAUCUCACGGGCUGGAAUCAAGAGACUCAGGACCCAUUUACCCAAUAUUAAAGUCCACGCCUACUUCGCACCUGUCACUCCACCCCCAUCAGUCGGGGGCAGCAGACAGCGCUUCUGCAGAUGCUGCAUCAUCCUAUGACAGUGGAGGUGGCAGCCGUGGCGAACUGAGUAUUUAAUGACACUUCUAGAGUUACCGCGGAGUCACCAGUGGAAGCGACCCAGUGUUCUGGGCAAGGGUUACAACGUGAGGCAGUGUCCAGGUUCCCAGAGCCACACGUACAUAUACAUACCCAUCCACUCUAGCUCUGUGACGGGGGACUGAAGAUUGUGCUGGCUUUAUCAAGUGGAUUGAUAAAACUUAGCCAUUCCUGUUGGACGUUCCCAGAAGAAAAUCAUAGGCAAGGUAGGGGGAAGGGGUUGUUCCAGCAAACCCAGUGUUACUGCUACUACGGUUUGUUUAUUUUAUUAAGGGGUUUAUUUGGUGAUAUUGGAACAGCAACUGCAGUCCUCCAGGGUCAAGGAAAGCAUAGAGAAAAACAAUAUACGUUGUAUCCAGGGACCAGAAAGAAAAUUUCUUUGCAUCCUAUAAAUGGUAGCCAUCCAUUGUGAGAUGACUACACAGCUUCUGUGCUUCCUCGUUCCCAUGCCAACAUGCUGAGCAUGCUCACAAAGAAGGCUCCUCCAUUCCGCCUCCUGUUUAGUAUUUGGCCCAGUGGUUUCCUAUAUGGUCACAUUGAAAUUACUGUGGUCCAAAUGUGAUUACUUAUUCACUCAAAUUGUCACUGUCUGUAGCACACUUGUGCACCUUUGUCCUUUGUUGCUCCCUCCUGCAUUCUUGCCCAGUCUGUCACCUGUUCAUAGUCUGCUUACUCACACUCAGUUGUUACUCUCUUGCUGUUGUUGUGUUUACAGUUUGCAUUUUGGAUGAUUAGUUGGGGUUACCAAACAUUUUUAAAAGAGACAUUAUCAAUAAAUAUUUUUUUAAUUCUAAAUUUUACCAUUAGGGGCCCCUGCCUGAAUCUUUGCCAGUCUGAAGGGAAACAGUUAUAAAAGCAAGAAAAGUUAGGAGAAGAAAUUAAGCUAAAACUAUUUUGAUAAUAGUAAACUUUGCUUUUUGGUUUCUGUUAUAUCUUGUGAUACGUGAUAAUAUGCAUGAUACGCCCAAUACUCCAUUUUUCCUUCCAUCAGGCUCUGCUAAUUUAAUGAGGUGAACAAAACGCAUUAUUAGUAAAGAGUGGGAUGGCAAAUCCCAAAACUGAGCCUGGACACCCCCCCACCCACACUCAGGCACGUUGUAUGUUCACUGAAAUCUAGGUGUGAUCAGUGACAUCUCUGAUUUGUGUCUUUGGGGUUGUUUUAUUUUAGCAGAAAUGCUAAUAGAGGCACUGUGCCAUCUAGCCAAUCAGUGUCUCUCCCCCACCCCUAUUUCAGCCUGUCAGGGACCCUGUAAAAGCUGGUCAGCUGUAUGAGAGUGUUGAUGGUAUCAUUUAAUAUCGGAGCCUCAGAGGACUGGAACCUGUCAGCCAUAUCUCCUGUUCUCCAGACUUCCCAUGAAUGAAACACAAGAGUAGCCAGGUCAAGGAACUGGGGCAGCAGAAAGAACAUUGAGAGGAAGAGGAAGUAGGUGUCUCAGUGCCUCUGCCCAGCCUGGUCAUCAGAGCUGAGGGCUGGGAGGGUAUUCAGUGCCCAUGACUCAAAGAUGCUUCCCCCCCCCCCACACACACACACACACAGACAGAAUCCUGCAGAGUGAGUUAAAUGAGUUUCUGAAGUACUAGAAGUAGGUUUCUAAACCCCAAGGUUAAAAACCGCAUGUGUGAUUUUUUUAAAUAGGAUGACUUUUGUAAGAAUUACGUGUGAUUUACUCCUUCACAUAAAGGAUCCCAUAAAUGUGUACAACCCACCAGUAUUUAAUGUCACAUUUAUUUUAAAUCCUAUUUAAUUAUUCCCUUUUAAAAACUAAAAUUAUAUUUUUUAAUUCCCCCUUCCCCUUUUCAAAUUACAGUGUAAGGAAUAUACUUUUUAAAGUGAGACUCACUCUCCUGGCUGUACCCCACACUUAUAAAUAUAUACAUAUGCACACACACUUCCAGAUGUAGUUCAUAAUAUUCAGAUUCCCAGGUCACUCAUUCAAACAAAACUAAAAAGAAAUAUUUAGGGCCCAUCUGUUCUAAUGUAUAAUUUUUUUUAUAAUGCCUGAACAAAUUGGCUAUAAAACCCUGAUUGAUUAGUGAGUGUGGAUUUGAAUUGCCCAAUAGAUGAGGCUAUUAAAGGUACUUCUUUACUUUAAAA